GUGUCUUACAGGCCGCUAGCAUCCACGCUCGCGCUGGGCCAGCGAGCACUCCUAAAAGGCUGGCGGCAAUUCAGCUAAAGCGAGCGGAUUAUCGCGUUUUAACAGCCAACCGUUCGGCUUCAUUUGAAGGCGCAACGACACGGCACAAAAAGGUUGGCGACGAGCAGCCAUGGGCAAGCACGGCAAGAACACGACGGGCAGGGCCGAGAAGCUCAAGGCGAAGGCGAGGGCGAAGCGCAAGCUGCUGAAAAAGGCGCAGGCGCGCGUGCCCGCGCGGCCCCCGAAGCCGGCGGCCAAGGCGAUGGACGUCGACGCGUUCCUCGCGGGCGACCACCUCGCGGCGCCGGCCGACGCGCCGGACGACGCGUUCCUCGCGGGCGACCACCUCGCGGCGCCGGCCGACGCGCCGGACGACGCGUCGUCGGCGUCGUCGGCGGCGUCGUCGGCGUCCGCCGCGGCCGACCACCGCGCGGAGCUCGACGCGCUCCGCGCGUCGGACCCCGAGUUCUACGACUACCUGCGGGAGAACGACGAGGGCCUGCUCGCGUACGAGGAUCCCGCGGACGACGACGACGACGACGCCGGCGAGGAGGCGGCGGCGGCGGCGCGGCGCGUCGUCUCCGUCGAGGACGUCGCGGCGCUCGCCGCGGACGGGGCGACGUCGUUCCGCGCGACGAAGCGGCUCGUCGCGCUGCUGCGCGCGGCCUGCGGCGGCGACGCGGCGCCGCCGGCGUCGCGGCGCGCGCGGCGCCGCCGCGCGCAGCCGACGGACGACGGCGACGCCGACUCGGCCGACUCGGUCGCGUCGGCGCCGGCGAGCUCGGACGACGACGACGACGACGGCGUCGAGGGCCCCGCCGUCGACUUCGCCGACGCGGCCGCGCGCGAGGCCUGCGCGCGCCACGCGCUCGCGGCGCUGGGGCCGCGGCUGCGGGCGCUCGCGGGCGGGGCGGACGCGGCGCGGGCGCCGGACCGCGUCCGGGCCCUCGCGCGGAGCGUGCUCGUGGGCCUGCUCAAGGCGCUCAAGGGCGACGACGCCGAGCGCGCGACGCGGCUCCGGGUCGUCGCGCUCGAGGCCGUGGCGCCCUGGGCGCCCUGGCUCGUCGUGGACGCGAACCUCGCGCCGCGGACGUGCCGCGCGCUCUGCGGGCUGCUGUGCCGCGUCGUCGAGCCGGCGCCGGAGGAGGCCGACGAGGAGCGCGUGGCCAUGGUGGCGCGGGAGACGCGGCUGCAGCGCGACGCCGUCGCCGCGCUCCGGGCCGUCCUCGCGCACACGCGGGCGCUGGCGGUCGAUGCGCGUGGCGACGAGACCGUCGAGGCGCACGCGCUGCGGCGGUGCUACGCGGCCUUCGCGCGCGACGUCGCCGGCAGGGGCGCGAGCGCGCAGAAGGCGCGCAAGGCCUUCGCGAGCGUCGCCCUCGUGCAGGACGCGCUCGUGGGCCUCUACGCGGACGCCGGCGCCGACGCGGCCUACCGCACGGCCUUCGUGGCCGUGCGCCAGCUCGCGCUGAAGGUCCGGAGCGCGCUGGCGACGCGGGCGCCCGACGACGUCGCGCAGGUGCUGUCCUGGAAGUUCCUACACUGCGCGCGGCUCUGGGCGCGGUGCGUCUGCGGCAACGCGGCGCCCGAGCGCCUGGGCGAGCUGGCCUUCCCCCUCUGCCAGACGCUCUUCGGGGCCCUCGAGCUGGCGGCGGCGCCCUCGAAAGCGCCCUUCCGGCUGCACUGCGUCCGCUGCCUCCACGACGUCGCCGCGGCGACGGAGUGCUUCGUGCCCACGACGAAGCCCCUCCUCGCGACGCUGGACGAGUGCUCGCGGGGCGGCGGCGGCGGCGGCGACGGCCGCGGGGGCGUCGACGACGGCGGCGACUUUGGGGGCGAGCUCGACUGCGGCGACAAGCGCGACGCGAGCGCGCGCGCGUCGCUGGGCCGCGAGGCCCUCGAGCAGCUGCUGGACUUCCUCGAGCUGCACCGCUACGCGCCGGCGCUGCCCGAGCUGGCCCUGGUCCCGCUCGUCGCUCUCAAAAAGCUCGCGAAGGAGCCGCGCUGCCCGCAGAAGCUGCGCGCGCGCGCGAAAGCCGCCGCCGCGACCCUCGAGUCGGCCGCCGACGCGGCCGCGGCGGCGCGCGCGCGCCUCGCCGCCGCGCCCAAGGACGUCGUCGCGUUCGAGCCGCUCAAGCCGCCGGGCGCGCCUGCGGCCGCGCGGCGCCUUGCGGACCGGCGCGCCGCGCGGGCCGCGCGCGCCGCGCGGCUGAAAGCGGCGCCGGCCGCGGCCCCGGAACCGAAGCCGAAGCAAAAGAAGAAGCGGUCGAAGGCGCCGGCGCCUGCUCCAGCGCCCAAGCCGAAAAAGCCCAAGAAAAAGAAGGCUUCCAAGGCGGACAAGGACUUCGCGAUGGACUUCGACGGCUGAGCCUGAGGAGCCUUAAGUUAUCUUGUUGGGUCUUAGGAGUAGUCGGCUCGUGUGGCCGAGCACCAAGCAAGGCAGUAGUAGCAGAAGGGGGGGCGCCGCGC